AUGGGCUCUUCCAAUGUCCGGCCUCGUGUAGAAGCCGCCUUCCCCAGGGGAACACUGCUCCUGAGCACUGGCGAUCGGUACAAAGGGCCCAUUGAUCCUUCUGGCGUUCCAUCCGGUCGAGGCAUUCUUCUACUCAAGGAUGGCCACUGUUUCUCGGGAACCUUCAACAAGGGGCGCCGCGAGGGCCCGGGCGUCUUCGUGGAGCUCCGCAGCGGGGGUGGCCUCGCCAUUCACCAAGGCACAUGGCAUGAGUGUUUCUUGCACGGCCCGUGCCGCUCCCUGCUGCUGCCUGAACGCCUUCUGGUCUAUUCAGAAUGGUCUUUGGGCCGCAGAGUCCUCGUGAGGGGCCCCGGACUCCUCAGUGAGGCCCGCAGCCCCGUGGCUGCCCCGGGCCCCACAGCCUGCAGCGCCCACGAUGCUGUGGGACCUCUUGCCUCGCCGGUGCAGGACGAGACGGCCCAGGGGGCCCCCCAAGGAUCCUGCAGCACGGGGGGCCGGGGAAGCCUCAGCAGCGGCCGCAGCGACGCAGCGAACGGCACAGCACGGCACAGCAGAUCUGCUGCUGCUGCUGCUGCUGCUGCUUCUGAUCGGUCGUGCUUGGAACCGGUCCACUGGACCCCUUCUGAGUUGGCUCGUUGGCUUCGCCUGGCUUCAAGCGAACUGCGCAGUCAAAAACUGCCGGAAGGUUUUAUUGAGGCGCUUCUAGCACGGCGGGUGGGAGGGGAAAGCUUUCUCUCUCUGAACGCCGCCAGGCUGAAGAGAGAGUUUGGAAUGGCAACAUUCGGGGGCAGGAACAGAGUUCUUAUGUUCGUCAAGCUCCUCAGACUCCAGGCCUCUCGCCGUCGUCGUGUGCAUCGGCUGUUCUUGAGUUCUUCCCCGAGCAGCCCUUCUGUGGAUUCUCAGACAGCUUACUCUUUGAGGGGUUCUCCAGGGGCCCCCCCUCUAAUAGGGGCCCAUGCCCCUUCUCCGUACCAAGGGCCGAGUCUCCUGGGGGCCCCUGGUUGUGGCGCAGCCACACGGACGUCAACGUCUGUCUUCUCAGAGACUGAUGGCUUACCGGGGGCCCCUCGAGGUUUCUCGUACCCUACAACGCCUCCUGAGGGGCCCUCUAUUGGAGCUUCCCGCUGCAGCAUUGACAAGGGGACCCCAAACUUGGGGUCCCUGAUCCCGUUUGAGCAGCUGCACUUCGUCAGGUGUUUGGGGGGCCGCCGCACGAGCGUCUUUUAUGGGUUUUGGCUGGGGAAGGAAGUGGCAAUUAAGGUGUUCAGGAAGCAGCACUUCUUCUACCACAUGCCUACGAGUGCUGCAGUGCCAGCUGCUGCUGCCGCUGCUGCUGCGGCAGCAGCUGCAGCAGCUGCCGCGGGACCGCCGUGGAACGAAGGCCCCCUCACUUUUCCUUUGCUUGAAGGGGAAACUCGAAGCUCUAGGGCGUCGAUGGGUUCGCCGAGCCACCUGUCGGGGGAUGCUGCUGGAAAGCUGAGGGAGAAGCUGGUAGAGGUGCAAUGUAACAACACAGACUUGCUGUUGCAGCACCUGCUGCAGCUGCAGCAGCUGCGGCAUCCGCAUCUCGUAAUGCUUUUGGGCGUUUCGCUGUCCCACUCUUUCCACGUUUGCCUCGUAAUGGAGUAUCUCUCAAAGGGUCCUUUAGGAGCCCACCUGUCUCCUGGGGCCCCUCAUCUAGGCCUACCCCCCAGGCACCCCUUGGGGGCCUUCUCCCUUUCACAUAGGGAGGUCCCCGCUUCGGGGUUCCCCCACUGUGAGGCCUCUGGCAGCCCUAACAGCGGAGACUGCUCUUCUCGCUGCGGCUCAGUUGAACAGCUCCACUGUUUGGCCCCAGGGGCCCCAGAAAGCUCAGGCCAGUCAGCUGGCUGCGCCACGGCAGCCAGCGCUCCUGUGGAGAGCGGCAGCUCUCAAGACGCAGUGGGGACCUCCACCGAGCGCCGUUGGAAGCAUGACGAGUGGGGUCAAAAGCGCCAUAGCAGGGCCCCCAACGGGGGCCCUAGUGGAGUCCCGGUGCUGGGACCUUCUCAGAAUGAAGAAGACCCUUUCCUUCUGCCUCCUGCAUGCUGCGUCGUUCCACUGGUACUCGCAGGGGCCCUUGAGGGCCCCCAGUACACUGAUAAGAGCCCCACAGUCUCUUGGAGUUCUCCUAGAGGGGGCGCCGUGGAGGGGUCUCCUCGCGAGGGAGCGCAUGCUGGGGGAGGCUACAAAUCAGCCCCUAAGAGAGAUCUUCAUAGGGCAAGGCACUCUGCUGGUGUAUCUCAAGACAGCGCUUCAGUGGGCUCCCCCCAAUGCGCGCAUAAAGGCAGUGGCGAGCUGAACUACCGAGAGGGGCCUCGUGCUCCCUCCGGUCUCCCCUCUUCAUCGCGUAGUAGGGCUCUCUCAAGAGGCCCCUCGUGGGAAGAAUUGGGGGGCAGUCAGGAUAUGGGGGGUAUUCAGGGGCACUCAAGUAGUCAGAGUGCCCCUGCAGGCAUUCCUUUGGGGGCUCUCGCUAAGAUGUGCGGAGUACCCUUCGCAGUGGCGGGCCUCAGGGCCCCAUGUGUGGGUCACACAGACCAUCGGAAAGGUGCUGGAGGCCUCCACAGUCCAACGAGGGGCCCGUGUCUGCCGCACUUGCUGGACGCCUUGAAUCUUGCUCGGGGCAUCGCUUUGGGCUGCGCCUAUCUCCAGAGACAGCAGGUGUACCAUUUGCAGCUCAGUCCUUCGAAGGUGUUGCUUGAUGGGGCCCUUGCCCCGAAGCUUGCGGGAUUUGGAAUAGCGGAAAUAGAGUCCCUGUUGGCGCAGAAUGUGCGUAGUUGCAUCCAGCAGGCGCUCGAGGGGCCCUUAAUGGGCCCUGCAGGCGCCAGUCAGGGUCCCACCCAGCAGGGCCUCUCGGCCGAAGCAGCUCCAUACAGACGCCGUGGCUCGGACGAAGGCCCCAAUUGCCCAGCAGAUAAUAGGGCUGAGGGAAUCUCUUUGCAGCAGGAUCAGCAGCAACAACAGCAAAAGCUGCAACAGCAGCGACAGGAGGAUCUCCAACAGCAGAUCUCUGCCGCCCGCGCCAUCUCAGCCGCCCUGCGCCAAUUCAGUUGGUAUGAGAGGAUGCUGCAGUUACCGUGGAGUCCUCCUGCGGUGUGUUUGGGCUUGAGUGAGCCGGACGAGAAGAAGUACAUAGACGUCUACUCCUUUGGAGUGGUUUUUUGGCAAAUCCUGACGGGUCUACAGCCCUUUGCCGAGCUGUCUUCAGCGCAGAUCGUGGGCUGCGUGGAGUUCUGGAAAGAGCCCCUGGGGAAUCCUUAUGACUACAUCCCUUAUCAGUUAAAGACCUUAAUCGACAAGUGCUGCCAGCGAAAUGGACACCGGCGGCCAACUUUCCUGACAAUCGUCCAUGCGAUAGCUGCUCUGCACGCACGGACAAGAGAUUCAGCAGAGGACGCACUGGAGGAGUUCAUGGGGGCCCUCUGA